GAGCAGGAGCCGCCCCUUCCUGCCUCCCCCCAACCCAGCAGCCCUUUGUGUCUGCAGCGCAGCCAUGGCCGGCGCCGGGAGCCCAGCGCGGAGGCUGCUGCAGCCCUGCCGCCCGCGGGGCAGCGCGGAGCCCCCACGAGAGCGUCGGGCCCCCCUGGGAAAAGAGAGAGAAGCCGCCAAAGCCGAGGAGCAGCUGCAAAGCGAGGCGCUGCUGAUACAGACAGAAGCCGAGAGGCAGAAGAUCAUCUGGGAGUGGCAGGAGCUGCGAGGGUUUCUAGAGGUGCAGGAGCAGCAGCUGCUGUCCCGGUUGGAAGAGCUAGAGAGAGCCAUUGUCCAGAGAAGGGAUGAGGACGUCUGCAGACUGUCCUGGGAGAUUUCCCUGCUCAGUGAGCAGGGAGGAGAGAAGGGGCAGCAGCCGCUGAGCCAACCCCUGCAGGAGCCCCCACGAGAGCAUCGGGCCCCUCUGGGAAAAGAGAGGGAAGCCUCCAAAGAUGAGGAGCAGCAGCAAAGCGAGGAGCUGCUGAAACAAACAGACGCCGAGAGGCAGAAGAUCGUCUGGCAGUGGCAGGAGCUGCGAGGGUUUCUGGAGGAGCAGGAGCAGCGGCUGCUGUCCUGGCUGGAAGAGCUAGAGAGAGCCGUUGUCCAGAGAAGAGAUGAGGACGUCUGCAGACUGUCCUGGGAGAUUUCCCCGCUCAGUGAGUGGGGAGGAGAGAAGGGGCAGCAGCCGCUGAGCCAGUCCCUGCAGGGUGCUGAGAACACCCGGGGAAGCAGGGAGGAUGGGAGAUUUCGAAAGCCGGAGCCAGGGUAUGGGGAGCUGAAGAAGAGACUCAGCGAUUUCUCUCUGAAAAGUGCCAUCCUGCAGGAGGUGCUGCUGGGAUUCAAAGAGAUGCUGCGACUGGAGCUGGGGAGCGACACAGGCUGCAGAAUAACAUCCCUGAGUCACUCCAGAUUCUCGCAGCCUGCCCGGCAAAGGGAAAUGGGCAUGGCAGAGCUGGCUCAGGGGCCGGUGACCUUCGAGGAGGUGGCUGUGUAUUUCACCAGGGAAGAGGGGGCCCUCCUGGACCCCGCUCAGAGAGCUCUCUACAGAGACGUCAUGAAGGAGAACUAUGAGAAUGUGACCUCGCUGGGGUUUCCAAUUUCCAAACCUGAUGUGAUCUCACAGCUGGAACAAGGGGAAGAGCCAUGGGUCCUAGACUGCCAGGGCUCUGAGAAAGAAGUGCUCCUGAGAGCUGCCUGCACAGGGAGUGACUUGUGUCUGGAUUCUCUCUGUCUCCCAUCAGGUGAUGGGAAGGUGAGUGAGAAUGAGGAGGAGAAACCCCAUCAGGAAGAUGCUGAGCAAGUAGAACCACAUGGAACGUUAUCAGAAGGGUCCAAAGAGAAUGUUUCCGGGAGUUGUGCACACCCAGAAAAAGCAAAAGCCUGUGAGACUGAGCACAGGCCAGAGGAAAACAUCAGUAGCCACUCAGACCUUAUUACACAAGACAGAAUCAACUUGGAAGAGACACGCUACACAUGCCUUGAGUGUGGGAAAAGCUUCAAUCGGAGCUCCCACCUUAUCACACAUUGGAGAACCCACACGGGAGAGAAACCCUACACAUGCUCCGAGUGUGGGAAAAGUUUCACUGAUAGUUCAGCCCUCAUCUCACAUCAGCGAAUCCACACAGGAGAGACACCCUACACAUGCUCUGAGUGCGGGAAAAGAUUUAAUCACAGCUCUACCCUGUUCAAACAUCAGAGAAUCCACACAGGAGAGAGACGCUACACGUGCUCGGAGUGCGGGAAAAGCUUCAUUCAGAGCUCAAACCUUAUCACGCAUCAGAGAAUCCACACGGGUGAGAAACCUUAUGGAUGCUCUGCGUGCGGGGAACGCUUUAAUCAACACUCGCAACUUAUCAGACACUGUAGAAUCCACACAGGAGAGACGCCGCACACGUGCGCUGCGUGUGGAGAAUGCUUUAGUCAGUACUCACAACUUAUCAGACAUCGUAGAAUCCACACAGGAGACAAACUCUACACAUGCUCAGAGUGUGGGAAAAGCUUCAGUCGGAGCUCAGACCUUAUCAGACAUCAGAGAAUCCACACCGGUGAGACGCCCUUCCUGUGCUCUGAGUGCGGGAAAAGCUUUAGUUGGAGCUCAAACCUUAUCACGCAUCAGAGAAUCCACACAGGGGAGACGCCCUACACGUGCGCUGAGUGCGGGAAAAGCUUCAAUCGGAGCUCUACGCUUAUCACACAUUGGAGAACCCACACUGGAGAGAAACCUUAUGGAUGCUCUGAGUGCGGGAAACACUUCAUUGACAGUUCAUCCCUCAUCUCACAUCAGCGAAUCCACACAGGAGAGACACCCUACGUGUGCUCUGAGUGUGGGAAAAGCUUUAAUCACAGCUCUACCCUGAGCACACAUCGGAGAAUCCACACGGGUGAGAAACGUUAUGGAUGCUCUGAGUGUGGGACACGGUUCAUUCGUCGUUCAGCUCUCAUCUCACAUCAAAGAAUCCACACAGGAGAGACUCCCUACACCUGCUCUAAGUGUGGGAAAAGCUUCAAACACAGCUCACACCUUAUUAGACACCAGAAAAUCCACAGUGGAGAGAGACCAUUCAUGUGCUCUGAGUGCGGGAAAAGCUUCAAUAGGAGCUCCAGCCUCGUCAGCCAUCAGCAAAUCCACACAGGAGAGAUGCCCUACACCUGCUCCGAGUGCGGGAAAAGCUUCAAUCAGAGAUCUUCCCUGAUCACACAUCAGAGAAUCCACACAGGAGAUAUGCCCUACACCUGCUCUGAGUGUGGGAAACGCUUCUAUCGGAGCUCAACCUUUACCCGACAUCAGCGAAUCCACACGGGAGAGAAACCCUACACAUGCUCUGAGUGUGGGAAACGCUUCAAUGAUAGCUCAUCCCUUAGCACACAUCAGAGAAUCCACACGGGUGAGAAACCUUAUGCAUGUUCCGAGUGUGGGAAGAGCUUCAAUCAUAGCUCACACCUUAUCAUACAUCGUAGAAUCCACACGGGAGAGAAACCCUACACGUGCUCUGAGUGCGGGAAACGCUUCAGUGAUAGCUCAUCCCUUACCACGCAUCAGAGAAUCCACACUGGAGAGAAACCAUAUGCAUGUUCCGAGUGUGGGAAAAGCUUCAAUCAUAGCUCACACCUUAUCAUACAUCGUAGAAUCCAUACAGGAGAGAAACCCUACACAUGCUCUGAGUGCGGGAAACGCUUCAGUGAUAGCUCAUCCCUUACCACGCAUCAGAGAAUCCACACUGGAGAGAAACCUUAUGCAUGUUCCGAGUGUGGGAAAAGCUUCAAUCAGAGAUCUGCCCUGACCACACAUCAGAGAAUCCACACAGGAGAGAUGCCCUACACCUGCUCUGAGUGUGGAAAAAGCUUCAGUGGGACGUCUGACCUUCUCACACAUCAGAAAAUUCACAGUGGAGAGAGACCAUUCAUGUGCUCUGAGUGCGGGAAAAGCUUCAACAGGAGCUCUUCCCUUAUCACUCACUGGAGAAUCCACACGGGAGAGAAACCUUAUGGAUGCUCCGAGUGUGGGAAACGCUUCAAUGCGAGCUCACAUGUAAUCAGACAUCGGAGAAUCCACACAAGGGAGAAACCUUAUGGAUGCUCCGAGUGUGGGAAAUGCUUCAAUCGGAGCUCCAGCCUCAUCACACAUCAGCGAAUCCACACAGGAGAGAUGCCCUACACCUGCUCGGAGUGUGGGAAAAGCUUCAAUCACAGAUCUUCCCUGAUCACACAUCAAAGAAUCCACACAGGAGAUAUGCCCUACACAUGCUCUGAGUGUGGGAAAAGCUUCAAUCAGAGCUCACACCUCAUCAUACAUCAUAGAAUCCACACAGGAGAGAAGCCCUACACCUGCUCUGAGUGUGGGAAAAGCUUCAAUCAGAGCUCAACCCUUAUUAAACAUCAGAAAAUCCACAUGAGAGAGAAUUGUAAUAAAUGUCUUGACUAGGGCUGGCUAAAGAUUUUUUUUUUUUUUUUUAAAUCACAUUUGCUAGUUCCCACAUAGUGAUUUUUGCACCAUCUUCACCAUGGUUUCUCAGUUCCACCAGAUGAGUUGCCUCCUUCUGCCUUUUCAGCUCACCCUUCUUUGGGGUCAGUCCUGUGAUCUUUUCUGUCAACUCCUUUCCUUUUGAAUCAUAGGAGUGUGUGUUCCUCCAGUCAGGAAUGUUCAUCAUCUCCAAGUGGGAGAGGGAAGUUUGAUCGCAACAAGCUACAGUGAGGCAAAAAAAUACCUGUGUCUUGCAUCCACUAGGGUUGUACAUGGCAUUGGCUGCUCAAAUUAGUGAUCUUGGUGUAAAAAGACAAUUAUAGUGGUAGUGCAGAUGCAGCUCAAGUGCAGUGGUUGUCAUUAGCUUUCCCCUUGACCUGACCUAAACUCCAUCACUUUUCCAAGUAUAAACAAACCCUGAGCAUCACGGUUAUACUGUUUCCCCAUUUCAAAGCAAUUGUUAGACAUCAAGUUCCCCCUUGGGGAACAAAUUGUUUCAUUUCCAGUUGCUCUGAUAUUACUUCUGGUUGUGCUGGAGAGCAGAUAUUUUUACUACCAUUUUCCUCACUGAAAAUAUAUUGAACUAUAACAAAGAAAAAAUGUCAUUUCACACUCUGUAACAGCAGAAGAACAUAGGUUAAGGUGGAGGGAUUCCCUUAUUCCCCAUCACCAUCCCAGUCCUUCUGCUGUUGAAUUGGUUUGGUCAAUAUUUUGUCUAAAGAGCUGGGAAGAGGAUUCCUUAGUAAAUGACUAGUAACUAAGCAAAAUACCCAU